CAACAAUUUCUGGACGUCACUCGUUCCACAUACCUAAGCUGCCCAUAUCGACCAACUGCUUUUAAACCUAAACAAUAGACACUCCCAGUUUUGAGAGGAUAUUGUGACAAACGGCUGCCACGCCGCAACGGGACUGUCCCGGAUUGUGAGACUCUUCCUGGCUUGCUCGGAGACCUCUGGACACUCCUGUAAACUACUUGUCAUUGUAGACAACAUAGAAAGUAUUCAACUAAUAUGAGUCAGUGGCCAGGGCGACGCGCCCGCCUGGUGCUGCUCGCCUUUGUUGCGGGGGCUCUUUUGCACAUAGCAAGUGCACAAUGGACGCGUGGCGGUGGAGAAUUCCUGGUCGCGGAUGUGGCGAGUGACAUCAUGUAUAGGUUCCGAAUUGCUGUGACGCCGAAGAGCAACCUGAUGUACAUCAUUGCGGGACACAGUGACGUUAUCCAGGCCUACCAGUACAACCGCACCGCGGCCUUUAUCCAGAUCCCGGACGCCCUGUGGAGCACGGGCGUCAUCCCGGGCCUGACGCAGUACCAGCCCGUGAUGAAUGUGGACUCAGCCACCGACCGCGUCUACUUCAUCAACCCCAACGACGGCCGCGUCUACUGCUACGACGCCACCGCGCCGCUGCGCAAUGGCACCGCCGUGCCGGUGUGGGUCAGCCAGGACGUGUGUGCGCUGCCGGACAACGGCAUCGUGGCGCGGGAGCUGCCGCAGCACCAACAAACCUUCGCCGGCAAUGGCAAGCGACUGCUGGUGCGCUGCAAUGAGUCGGUGGUGCUCUUCAACGACAAGGGUGUCACGCUCAAGACGUUUGCGGCGGACUCUGUCAAGUCGUGGGUGCUGAAUGCCGACCCCGCCGCCCGCAUCCCCACCUAUGACAGCUUCAAGCGGCUGCUCACGUGGGCCGAGGAGCCGGACCUGCCCGCCAGCCAGCUGCAGGUGUGGGACCUCGCGUCCAACAAGCCCAAGGCGCGCAAGCCCGCCAAGCCCGCCGCCACCAUCACCCUCCCCGAGGGCGCCGGCGCCGCAGGCGUGCUUUCUGACUCAUCCAAAUGGUUCACCGUGGUUGCUGACGCGGCGCAGCCGCUGUUGCAUAUGGUCAACUCGUACAACGGCCGUACGACGUCAAGCUUUGAUUUUGACGUGCUGGUCAACGCCAACGGCUCCUUGAGCGAAGUCCGGGUCGUGCCCACGCCCGUGGUGUACGGCGGUACGGCGGUGUACGGCCUGGUACGUGCCAAGCAGCCGUCGCUGUACCCCUGGCUGCAGCAGCAAUUCCCCGACAAGUACUACUGGUGGGCGUUUGCGCUCAACUUGACGGAUCCCAAAACCCCCAGCCUGAUUUGGAUCUCGGCUGUGCAGCCUGCGGUGGCCCAGAUCAUUGACCAGGCGCCGCACGUGACCGACAAGGCCGUCUUCGUCACGGACUGGGCGGGCGGCAGCCCCGGCACCAGCACCUGCAACGCCGCCGUGGGCGCCUGCAACAUCCCCAGCGUGCGCUCCUUCCACCGCGCCACCGGCGAUACGUACUACAACUUCCCCGCCAAUCCGUACAUUACCGUGCGUACGGCGUACAGCCUGGCACGCGGCACGUACCGCAUGAGCCUGCCGUGGGCCUACCCCGACGGCGCCGUGAUGCUGGUGCAGUACGACGACUGGCAGUACGACGAGUACACACCGGAGGACCAGGCACGUGCCGAGGUGGGGUCCGUGCGCGGCAUCCGGGGCCUGCCGCCCAUGCCCCGGCCCCCGCCCCGCCCGCCCUCGCCACCUUUCAUUCCGCCCAGCCCGCCGCGAAACCCGCCAUCGCCACAGCCGCCGUCGCCGGAGCCGCAGCCACAGCCGUGAGCGGUUGGCAUGGGUGGAGCUGGUGAUAAGUGGUGCGUCAUCAAAUGUAGGAUUUGACGAGCCAUGUGCAAUGCUACAGCAAGGGAGCGAGCAAGGCGCUUGAUAUGACUGAUUGAAUGACAUCAUUACCGUAGCGCACGGAGAGCGCCGCCAUCCAAAUGUGCGUGCGGUAGCAGCCUGCACGGAUGCGGCCCGCAUAGGAGCCAGUCAUAAGGAUCAUGUCUAUCGCUCGAAGGCUCGAAGCAAGGAUUGGCACUGCAAAGUACCUAUAGUUGGAGCAUGAACUGGGCGCACGACGGAACCGAUCGCAUACAUUCAUCAUUUGCUUGCUGGAUUCAGCGGUAUCCUGGUGUGCAAGCCAGACUGGUGGUGUGACGUAUGGGAUGAUGCAUUGCUGAAGACGACUGGUACUGUUAUGGACGUGCUUGAAAAAACGCAACACUGUAUGUGAGCAAGGACGCUGUCAUCGGACUUUUGUGUGUGGCCGGCGCCGUGAUAUCGUGAGAUGCACGGGCAUGUUGUAUGCAUCCGCGAGCCUUGAUGCGCCGGCGUUUCGCUGUCCUAGGCGUGAAUGCGCGAGCCCUACACAUAAUUUGUCACAUGUGGGACUCCACUGAUGAUCCGCUGUGGGGGCAUGGGCCGUUGUGGAGCGCCGGGCCGCUGGCAGUGGCACGGUCCUGCAGGGUCACGCAUGUGUGCGUGUAUGAUGUAGGAAGUGUUACGUCAAGUGCUGCUGGGCCAAGCAAGCAAGGCGCGGCGCGCGCUGUUCAGUGUUCACUGAGAUGUGCGUGCAGGCGGUGAAACUUGCUGGGCGGUGGUGCCCGUGCGCGCGUGUUCUGUUAAAGGCGCCCCUGGUCGUUAGAGUUGAGCUGGCCUGUCCUUGCAAACGAUACCGUA